AUGUCCGAUGAUGAAUCCACUCGUAACAGAAAGCCUGGUGGAAGUCAGCAAGACGACGACGCAGGGAAAAGCGAUGAAUCGAAAUCCAAGCCGAAGCACGAUGCGUACAGUCGUUUCGUCGAGAGCCUAACAAGUGCUCUGAACUCCGUGACAAGCGGUGUCAGUAGUGCUGUCAAGGCUGGAGCUGGGAAGCAAGAGGAUGAAGGAAAAAGCGACGACUCGAAAGUGAGGCCGAAGCAAUGUAGCAGUUUUGUAGAGAGCUUAGCAGAUGCUCUGAACUCUGUGAAAAGCGGUGUAAACAGUGCUGUCAAGGCUGCGGCUGGUCAGUACCUUUUUGUAUAGUU